AUGAUGUUCUGGAUUCAUGUCUUUGGGCUCCUGUAUAUCCCCAGUUAUCUAUAUGCCUUUACUGAAAACGAAUGCUAUUUAACAAUCAAGGAAUCUUUUUACCAUGAAGGAGAUGUGACGCUUGGUGCUUUUCUCCCUCUUCAUAUUUACUACACAGGCAGCAAAGUUCCUCAUAUAAACGUGCCACAUGCAUACCAGGACAUUCACGUACAGUAUAAGUUUAAGAACUACCAGUUUGUUCUGGCCCUGGUUUUUGCCAUUGAGGAGAUCAACAGAAACCCUCAUCUUCUACCCAACACAACUCUGGGCUUUGAUGUCCUUAAUGUUGCAUUUAGUGGAAAGAAUAUUCUUUAUUCUGCCCUGUUAUGGCUCACAAGGAUGAGCAUUCCAAUACCUAAUUACAACUUUGUACAGAAGAGAAUAUCACCUGUUGCAAUCACAGGAACAUCAUUGGUAAUAUCUGCCCAGAUUGAGACACUGAUACAACUCUACAAAAUACCUCAGCUCACUUUUGGGCCAUUUUAUUCUACCUUGAAUGACCCAGAACAGUUUAAAUUCCUCUAUCAGAUAGCUCCUAAGGACACAUCUCUGUCACUUGCAAUAGUCUCUUUGUUACUUCAUUUCAACUGGUCCUGGGUUGGUCUCAUAAUCUCAGAUGACCACCAAGGAUCCCAGAUCCUCUCAGACUUGAGAAAAGAUAUGGAGAGUAAAAGCAUCUGCAUAGCCUCUGUGAAAAUGAUCUCUGGCACCUGGAAUUCAUUUUCCAAUGAACUAUGGAAAAGUCUGGAGAAAAUUGAGGAAUCACCAGCAAAUGUGAUAAUUAUUUGUGGAGACACAAUUUCUUUACAGGGUUUAAUGCGACACAUUGCACAACUAUUAAUCACUUGGAAAGUCUGGAUCUUGAACUCUCAAUGGGAUGUUGACACUUAUUCUGAUUAUUUCAUGGAGGAGUCAUUUCAUGGGAGUCUCAUUUUUUCACACCACCAUAAAGAGAUGGUUGACUUUACAAAAUUUGUUCAAACAGUUAAUCCCUACAAGUACCCAGAAGACAUUUAUCUUCCCAAGUUUUGGUAUUUGUUCUUCAAGUGCUCAUUUUCUGAGGUUGAUUGUCAACUUUUGGAGAACUGCCAACCCAAUGCUUCUUUGGAGUUACUGCCUAGACACCUUUUUGACCCAUCUAUGAGUGAAGAUGUCUACAAUAUAUACAAUGCUGUGUAUGCUGUGGCCUAUAGUCUCCAUGAGAUGAUUCUUCAGCAAACACAAAUUCAACCAAAUGAUAAUGGUGAAGCAAUGGUAUUCUUCCCCUGGCAGUUUCUUCCUUUCCUAAAGAACACCUUAAUGAAAAACCACAUGAGAGGCCACACAGUAAUGGAAGGGAGAAGAAACUUGGAUUCAGAAUAUGACGUUCUCAAUUUCUGGAAUUUUCCAAAAGGUCUUGGAUUAAAGGUGAAAGUAGGAACAUUUUCUCCAAAUGCUCCCCAGGGUCAACAGUUCUCUGUAUCUGAACAUAUAAUACAAUGGCCUACAAAGUUUACAAAGAUUCCUCAGUCUGUGUGCAGUGAGAACUGUAGGCCUGGAUUCAGGAAAGCUGCCCAGGAAGGCAAGGCUGUCUGCUGCUUUGAUUGUAUUCCUUGUGCAGACAAUGAGAUUUCCAAUGAGACAGAUAUGGAUCAGUGUGUGAAGUGUCCAGAAAGUCACUAUGCAAACUUGGAGAAGAACCACUGCCUCCAGAAAUCUGUGAGCUUUUUGGCCUUUGAUGAUCCCUUAGGUAUGGCUCUCACCGUCACAGCGCUGUGUUUCUCUGUUCUCACAGCUGUGGUUCUUGCAGUCUUUGUAAAGCACAGAGACACACCCAUUGUCAAGGCCAAUAAUCGGGCUCUCAGCUACACCCUGUUAUUGACACUCAUCGUCUGUUUCCUCAGUUCCUUGCUCUUCAUUGGAAAGCCCAACACAGCCUCGUGCAUCCUGCAGGAGACAGCAUUUGGAAUUUUGUUCACUGUGGCUCUCUCCACAGUGUUGGCCAAAGCUAUUACAGUGGUUAUUGCAUUCAGGGUCACUGUUCCAGCUAGAAUGGUGAGGUGGCUAAUGGUAUCAAGGGCCCCUAAUUUUAUCAUUCCCGUAUGCACGCUGAUUGAACUUGUUCUCUGUGGGAUCUGGCUGCUUACCUCUCCACCCUUCAUUGAUCAAGAUGCUCAUGCUGAACAUGGUCACAUCAUCCUUCUGUGCAACAAGGGUUCAGCAGUCGCCUUCCACUCUGUCCUGGGGUACCUUUGCUUUUUGGCACUUGGGAGCUACACCAUGGCCUUCCUAUCCAGGAAUCUGCCUGAUACAUUCAAUGAGGCCAAGUUUCUGUCAUUCAGCAUGCAGGUGUUCUUCUGUGUCUGGGUCACCUUCCUCCCUGUCUACCACAGCACGAAGGGGAAGGUCAUGGUGGCUAUGGAAGUUUUCUCUAUCUUGGCUUCCAGUUCAGCACUCCUUGGCUUGAUCUUUGUCCCUAAAUGCUACAUCAUUUUGAUAAGGCCAGAUAAAAACUCUUAUCUUGAUAUCAGGCACAAAACCCAUUCAUGA